AUGUCCUCUGCGGACGACUCGGGCCGCAUCCGGUCGCUGGCGGCCGAGGUGGCUUCGCUCAAGCUGAACAACGCCAUUCUGACAGAGUCGCUGGCGGCGGAGAAGGCGGCUCGCGCAGCGGCCGAAGGAGCACUGGCGACACGGGAGAAGGAGCAGGCAGUGGCUGCGGAGAAGAGCGGCAAGCCGGGAUGCUCAGUCGAUGAGCUGGCCUUUGAGAACGAGCGGCUGGCUGUCCAGGUGGCUGAGCUCUCGGCAGAAACCGUCUUUCUCAAGGAUCGCCUGCUGGCCAGGGACAACCAGCAGGACGCUGCAGGUAGUGGCGGCUCGCGUGCUGUCGCUGUCCUGCAGAAUCAGCUUGCCGACAAGGAAGCCACCAUUCUGGCACAGACCGAACUGCUGGACCGCAUGAGCGCCGCGCUGCAGGAGAAGAUCACUGCCGCAGAGUCGGCGGCCGAGUCCAAGAAGGACACGCUCAUUCUCUCCGACCUCAAGGAGGCCGGCAUCGACUCGCCUGCUGCCUCGUCCAAACACGUUGCUCUGCUCAUUGCCUCGUACACCGACGAAAUUGCCAAGUUGCAAACGAGGGCCGAGGCCGCCGAGGCCCGUGCCGCCGAGGCGGCGGCCUCGGCCGAACACUUCCGGGCGCUCCACGAGGUUGACGUAGCCCUCAUCAACGGCCUGCGUAGCAGCCAGACCGGCGGCGGCGAUGGCCCUCAGGCAGCAUCGACGUUUAUUGCUGCUGCGCCUGGUCCGACCGACCUUGACUCGCUCCUCCCCUCGCUCUCAUUCGAGCACACCGUGGCCGCCACACUUGGCGCGUCUGCCGCCGACUUUGGCCGGCAGUCGAUUGGCGGCGAUGGCGCCGUAAGCUACGACGAUCAUACGCGGCUCGUGGACGACUACGAAGCGCUGCGGAGCCGGGCUGCGAUGCUCGAGCGCGCGGCCGAAGAGGCGACCGCCAAGCAGGCGGCUGCAGAGCUGCAGCUCGAGCGGCGAGACGCCCAACUCCGCGAGACGCUGCGCGAGGGCGUGGCCCGCGACGACCAGCUUGAGGCGGCCACGCGCGAUCUCGCCACAGUCUCGAGUCAGCUGGAAGACGUGACCGCAGAGAACAGCGAGGCACAGGAGCUCCUCGUCAAGUUUAAGGAUGCCAACGCUGCACUUGCCGACAAGGUCAAGUCACUGGUCUCGGAGCUCUCGGAGACCAAGAUCCUGCUCAACGAGACGGCGCUCCGCGCAAGCACGACCGCUGCCCGGCAUGGCGAGCUCACCGAGACCUACACCGAACUGCGGGCGGUGUUUGAGCGGGUCUCGGCGUCCAACGUCGCCAAGGAGGAGGAACUUGAGCGGCAGCGGGUCGAGCGCGAGGAGCGCCAGGCUCAGGUCGCUAGCCUCGAGGCUCAGCUGACAGAGGCUCUUUCUGCCAACGCCAAACUCACGGAUCAGGUCGGCGAGAGUCACCAAGCAAUGGCCGAGGCACGGACGGGCAAGGCUGCUGCCGAGCAGGAGCGCGACGCUGCGCUGUACAACAAGCAGGUUUCCGAAGGCAAGAUGCACAGCGCCGAUGAGGCCCGCGCCCGGGUCACUGCCCAGUACGAGGCGCUCGUGGUCGAACACGAGUCGAUGGUUGCCGCUGCUGCUGCCGACCGCGCUGAAGCCAAGGCCCUGGCCUCGCAGCUCGAGGCAGCGCACGCUCGCAUUGCUGUCCUGCAAGAGCGCUCUGCUGACCUCUCGACCCAGAUGCACAAGGCGAACGUGGCCGCCGCCAAGGUUGGCGCCGGAACAACCCCAGCGCCGUCGCCGGCUCAGCGCGUCGAGCCGAUCCCAGUCCCGCAGUCACCGACCAUGUCCGCCACUGUCGCUACCGUGGUCGUUGUCGAGGACGACGCGCCAUCGGUGGCUGACGUUGUCGCGCUGGAGAUGUCCCCGCCACGCGCGUCCGGCCCCCGCGCCCGUCUUGUGCCCGUCACACCGCAGCCGCGUGCUGCCACCCCAAGCCCGAGCCCGAGCCCGAGCCCGAGCCCGAGCCCGAGCCAAACCCCGGACCACAUGCCGUCACCGAUCGCGCCGCCGUCGCAGCCCACACCCGAGAUGGAGUUCCCAGGCUCGGCCGCAUCUCCGGCGCCGCCUCCUCCAGCGCCGCACUUUGAACUGCAGGCGGGCGAGACAGCCGAGCUCAACUUUACGUCUGCGCUCUUUGUCGCCGGCGCCAACGUGCAGGCGUACGUCAGCGCUCCCGGUGCAAACGAUGGACGCAGCGCGCUUCCGUCGUCGGUUGUGGCCACCGAGCUUGGCGAGGCCACCGUCCAGGUCCGGCUCACGGUCUUUGUGCCCGGCGACGUCGACCUGCACAUUGUGGCCAACGGCGUCGAGCUCCCGGCCUCACCGCUGCUGGUGCGGGCGGUGGCGCGCGCGUCACCUGGAAUCGCCCCUGCGCCUGCACCUACGCCUACACCCGCACCUGUGCCCACGGCUGCGAUAGGUUCGCCGCAGCGAGUUUCAUCAUCUGCUGCGCCACCGUUUGCUGGCGCGGGCCCUGGGCGAUGCCAAGAGUGCGGCGGCGAGCUGGGCUCGCUGGCCAUGUCGGACCACGUCCCGUUCUGCCCUGCGCUCCAAGAGUGUACGCUGUGCGGCAAGUGGAUUCCGUCGUCGCUCAUUGUGGCACACGAGGACAAGCACUACGCGGCGCAGCAGGCGCUCGCAACAGCCAAGCCGCUUGUUGGUAUCCGGCUCGCGGACAAGGGUCCGGCACGCGGACCUUCGCGGCCAGGUGUCGUUGUUGCCGCUGCGCACCCGGGCCACCCUGCACACAAGGCUGGCAUCCGCAGCGGCGACAUCAUUCUCUCUGUCAACGAGGUCGAGACCAACACCCGCGCCGCCUUUGGCCGGGCGAUGUCCGAUCUUGCCCGCCCAGGCGCGCUCCUCGAUCUCAUGAUCGAGCGCGACGGCGAGACCAUGAACGGCGUCGUCCUCGUCGGCGCCGUUGGCAUGGAGCUGGAGACCGUCAAGGAGCUGGUCGCGCUCUCAUUUUGACGCGCGGUGUCUGGAACACGGGCAGAUAGGCGGCAGCAAGCCGGGCGGCCGCCGAGUCCAGCCCAAGCAUGUGUCGCGGCCGCGACCCGCUGCUUCCCGUCGCCACCUCGCUCAGCCACGCGUGCUCUGGCGAGUGGUCG